AUGUUUAUUAGGCCAAAGCUAAGCUAUAGAACUCUGCUGCAUCCUUUGAAGCGCUGCAUUGGAAAAUUAAAAAGACCCAGACCUAAUUGGAUUAUGGGCAUCUUACUAGUGUACACAAUUAUGUCUCUCAUGAUAGUCAAGGUCGCGUCGACAGCAGCAUUAUAUCAGCAGCAACAGCAACAAAAUCAGCAACAGCAAUUAGUCAACAACCCCUUUGUGACAGCUUCAGGUGACGAGGCAGUGGAGGCGGAGACAACGCCAGAAGUCAGCGUUGAAAGUGACAAUACUAGCUACAGUUCGGUGCACGAAGCGGAACGCAGUAACAUUGACAAGAUGCGUGCCAAGUUACAGCAGCUACAGCACGAGCAGCAGCAACAAUAUCGCCAGCAACAGUUGCAGAUGCAGCAGCAACAACUGCAACAGCUGCAACAAAUACAACACGCGACUGGCGGCGAAACUGCAUACUUAUUGGAGCGUGCCGACGACACUGCGCGCGAGCAGCCCAUUUACGGAACAUGGCGCACGAAAGCGAGACGACCCCAGCCCCUAGUUGCUGGAGGAGCUGCAGAAGAAGCACACUUCUAUGAACGGCUGCCUAAGCGCUCGGCGACAAUGACACCGCUAAAAGACAUCCUGCGCGAUCAGUUGCCACGCCCUCCACGCCUUUUGUCGACACAGCGACCAGCUUCGACGGCGUUGCUUCGACGUCAGUACUCGGAAUCAGCGGGCAGCCUGGCGCUUCGAGACGACCCAAAGCCAAAGCCCUUCCACUUUCCGUACGACGGUCCGUUGCCGGAGCAAUUCAAGAAGGGUGCGCCGCCCGAGCUGAAUAACAUACAGGAUAUAUUACAGCAUUUGCGUUUGAGUGAGGCACCCAAUAAGCUGCCACCACCGCCGCUACCACAACUACUGAUGAUGCCUACAGGACUACAUAUUGCAGGCAGUAUUAAAAAUUUUAAGACUAGUGGAUUGGGGAACUUUUUUCGUGGCAAACGUCACAAGAAACAAUUGCAGCUCAGCAUUCCAUUGUCAAUGCCCAUGCACAUGCCCGUGGCCAUGCCAAUGCAGCUCUUCGGACCACCACACCAACCUGGUGGAUACUUUAAUGGUCUACCACUACCUCAUCAGCGUGUAGCCAUCGAUCAGUUGUAUCCAUUCAAGCCGCGCUCUCCUCACGACAUCAAUUUGUUGGCCCUACAGCAGCAACAGUUGCCGCCAUCAAGUAAGGGCGCCAAAAAGAAGAAAAAGAAACAAUCGAAGUUACAGCAGCAAUAUCCACAAUAUGCCCCCGAUGGUAGUCAGCAACAUUUUGUUACAGAUUCCUACGGCAUUGCAAAUAUUCCGUCUCUUCUUUCGCUUAAUGCCACACACCAACCCCAUCUAAAACGUGUUCCCUUCAAAGUGAAUCUUGAUAUUUAUCCUGUUCUGCCCCCUACAAAGGAAUUCAAACCCACCAUGAAGGACGAGAUGCGGCACUUGCCACCUUCUCGACCCGUCUCUGUGCUGCGGCAUCCUUUUCAAGCAGACUUCAUGGCCCCACAUGCGCCAUCGGCUGCCCCUUUGGUAGCCGCAUCAGCCGCACAUGGACAUCAGGGAGGUGGAAUCUAUCAGACACCUUUUAAGUUUCCUACACCAGCAUCUAGUCUGAUGCCAGUGCGAUUUCCGGAUCAGGCUACACGCUACACUCAACACCACAUGUACUAUCAGCCUCAAAAAUAUCCUCCGCAGCAGACAUUCGUGCCCGAGGACUGUGUCUAUGCCCAUCCGAGCAGUAAUGGCGGGCAACAGGGUCCGGACACCCAGUCCAAUCAGAUCAUGCUGCACUUGAACGUUUUCCCCAAACAAAAGCCCACGGCCACUGUGAGAGCCUCAACCAAUCCAUUCUACAGCAAUAAUAAUAUGCAGCGACUCACCAGCAAUGCGAAUACGAAUGAGUUGCCCGCACCGCCCAGUCCCAUAGAGCCGCGCCAGGUUUCAGUUUCCACGAGCACUGCAGCGCUACAGCAACCACAGCAGCAGCAGCACAUACAAAUGAAUCAAACGCAGCAACAAGCGAAUCAUACCAUCUCUCGUAGUGACAAUUUUGAACCAUUGCCACUUCUCGAUUUUGAACAUCCGAUUGUGGCCGCUGAUUUGCCACCGGAAUUGCCACAACCAGCCGCACUAACGGGCAACCAUUUGGAGUUGUUGCCCUCGACGACAGAAAGACGUAAUACUUUCCGCCACAACAGCAAUGCGCACAUUGAUCAGCUGGCGGUGGAGGCGCAAACCGCUUCGCUAUUUCGAUUUCCCGUCGAAGAUCUGAUACAAUUUCAGGUUGAUGAUGCGCUUUAA